AUGGAAAAGGAAACAAACGGAACAGAGAAGUCUCAUCUGAUCCAUGAAAAAACCGCUAAAAUGUACUCCCUCAAACUGCAAAGCUCCUUUCCGGACACUAAGGCAGAGUUUGGGGACUUCUCUCUGUCGAAUGGGGCAAUGGAGCUGAAGCAGCAGGUGCAGCAGGUGCAGAGUCACUGUCACCGUCACCUCUCACGCACAGGCGACACCUCGGACAAACUCCAGGCCAAAAACAAACUGGUGAUCGCCUCGGGGGUGUGCCUGGUCUUCAUGAUCGGGGAGGUCAUAGGGGGGUACCUGGCGCACAGCUUGGCCAUCAUGACAGACGCAGCUCACCUGCUCACGGACUUCGGCAGUAUGAUGGUGUCUCUGUUCUCCCUGUGGAUCUCGUCCAGAGCACCCACCAAGACUGUCACCUACGGGUGGCACCGCUCAGAGAUCCUGGGGGCCUUUAUAUCGGUGGUGUCGAUCUGGGUGGUGACUGGAGCACUGGUGUACUUGGCCAUCGAGAGAAUCGUGAGAAACGACUAUGACAUAAAUGGACAUGUGAUGCUGGUGACCUCUGGCUGCGCCGUCAUCGUCAACAUCAUUAUGGCGUACAUCCUGCACCACUCCACCUCCUUCCAUGCGCAUGGCUCCGGGUAUCACCAGAUCGAUGAGAACGGCCAGAGCCCCACCCCCGCACACACGGGGCAUGCCCCCUCGCUGCUAGGAGGACACGCCCCCUCUCUGCUGAGUGGUCACAGUAACACAAGUGUCCGUGCCGCCUUCAUCCACGUGUUAGGAGAUCUGCUGCAGAGUAUUGGCGUCAUGGUGGCCGCCAUCAUCAUCUAUUUCAGGCCGGAGUAUAAAGUAGCGGACCCUAUCUGCACAUUUCUGUUCUCCGCCUUCGUCCUGUGCACCACCAUCACCAUCCUCCGAGACGUGUUCAGGAUCCUCAUGGAAGGUUGUCCAAAGGAGAUCCAGUUUAAGUCGGUGAAGGAGGUUCUCCUGUCCGUGUCGUCAGUGAAAUCUGUGCACUGUCUGCACCUGUGGGCCCUGAGCGUGGGCCACAGUCUGAUAUCUGUGCAUCUCGCUAUAGAUGAAGGGGGAGACCCUCAGUCCGUCCUGAACGAGGCCACAGAUUUGCUCCACCACAAGUUUGGCUUCAGCAGCUCCACUGUCCAAGUGGAGACCUACAGCCAAGACAUGGACCACUGCAAAGACUGUCAGGACCCCCAGGACUGA